AUUCGAUGGUAGAGAUUGUUGAAUGAUAAUGUGGCGUAAUACGGGUGUAAGAAAGGGUACGCGUGACACAUACACAAUUUUAUAAAUGCCUUUUAAUAUAUUAUAAAGACUAAAAUAGACCCACUCUAUAAAUAAACUUUUGACUAGCAAAUAAUAAACAACUCAAAAUUGAACCUUAAAUCCAAAUUAACCCAAAAAUAAAUCGGGUGAAAAAAAAAUAAACAACUCUCGGCAUCCACCAAUCCACCAUAGCUCACCAGUCGGCAAUCACCAUUCGCCACAACCCAAUUGCCAAAUAUUAAUUUUAAAAAAUUUCCCUAAAAAGCAAAAUUCAUAUUUUUUUCAAAAAGUUUCAAAAUUAUUUAUCAAGUAAUGUGGGGCCAAGCAAGAAAAUCAAGGUGUUUGGCCUCAAAUGGUGCUCUGAAUUCACCUAAUAGAUACUCUAAUUUUUACAGAAGCCCGCAAAUUCCGACAUUAAUCCAAUCUCUUAAAUCCUUAUACCCUGGAUUUAGCACUGAUCUACUGCUUAUUACUAAGUAAAUUACAACUACUACAAACAAACAACACCCACUUUACUGUUCUUGUUCAGCUCAUCUGUGCUAUCUUUUUGCAGAUUCUCCAACUUUUUGCCAAAUUUGAUCAAUUUAAACUUCGAUCUGAAAUACCCAGAAUCCAAAUUUGCCAAAAAUCUGUAAAAAUUUGCACCCCAAAUCACUGGAAAUUGAAGAGAGAGAAAGAGAUGGUGGUAUGGAGGAAAGGGUGUUGAAGAAGAAGGUGGAAAAAUGGCGAGAAUAGAUUGGGGGAGUCAUGGAAGAGGGAAAUGGGGUUGUUCUUAUAAGAGGAUUACUUUAAUUGUUUGCUCAAUUAAUAUUGUUGUUGCUCUUUAUGUUCUUCAUUGCCUUUACAGCUCUGUUUAUAACUACUCCAAUGCUAAUACUUCUUCACAAGAUAUUGUUAAGCACACCCCAGAUCAAUUGAGGAGAAUGGAGGAGUCGGUUCGGAUUAGGAAAGCAGCAGAGCCUAUUGAGCUUGUCAAAGUGGUUGAGAAUUUUACAGCAGUAUUGGCUGAACAAAAAAGAAUCACGAAAUUACCACCACAUUUGAAGCAGAUGAUUCGAGAUGAGAUCCUGCAACAGCUCAAAACCCUACCUGCUAAAGCUAAUACGACCGAGCAAAGAGAAGCAGUUGAAAACUGGCGGGACGCUAAAUUGCAUGAAGCAAGACUAUUGAUCCUUGGUGAACAGAAUGUUACCUUGACGAUUUCAUCCGAUGAUGCUGCAUUACUAGUUGAGGCCAUGGAAUCAAGUUGGUCUUCAUUUAUGGAAGUAAUUGGGCUGUGGAUACCACCUGCAGUCAUUCACAAGGAGCAUGACGAUAAGCCUCCUGGAAUAGAUGAGCUCGAAGAAGACCUUUUAGCUGGAAGGCCUGUUCCUCCCGAGUGUCACGCUGAACUUCAUACAGAUUAUGAUGGGGUUGCUGUUAAAUGGGGUCUAACCCAUCACAAAGAGAGUGCUGCUGACUGUUGCCAGGCUUGCUUCGAUCAGGCAAGUCGAGCGAAGCCUGGUGAAAUGAAAUGCAAUGUAUGGGUUUAUUGCCCAUCUGAAGCAGGUUGUUAUUCUCCAGACAUCUAUGAACAUAAGCAUCAGGAGUGCUGGCUGAAAUUUUCAGAAAAACCCAAAUUGAAUUUCAAAGACAAGUAUUCUGAAACAUAUAGAAGUUCUCACCCAGGAGCACCUCUGGUUGUUCCAUGGGUUUCUGGGGUGUUGAGUGCAUGAUUGGGGAAUUGGAUACAGCAAGGUAUGCAACGAAUUGGAGCAGGCUUAGCAGUACACAACCUUCAGCAAAUUGUCAAAAUGGAGACCAUCUGCUGCUGCUUUGUUGGAAAAUUUCGCUUCACUCUUGUUAGAUUCAGUGAGGGCUUUCGAACUACAUUGUCCAGGCUUCUUUGGUUUCUGAGUCAAUUUUUGUUAACUCAUGGCUUGGUGGUUUACUGGUGCUGGUUCUUUAAAUUUGAAUCAUGGCACCCUUUUAGAGGGUUACACUUUAACUUGAAAUAGUUCAUUGUAAAACAUUUUGAAGAUAUAUAAGAUCUGUUGCGCAAUUCUUUCA